CGUCAUGAUGGUCAAACCGGGCUGCGGCAGUGAACAACUUUUUGUCAGCCUGUCAACUCAGUACUGGAUCUUGCUAGUUAUCCUGUGUUCCAGCUCAUGGUUGCGAAAACACCGGGCAGCAAUAGUUUCGACCAUUAACGGAUUAACCUGUUCAGCAUGUCAAGUUUGCCCGGUCCCGAGCCACGGCCUCUUCCAAAUCCCAGCCGUAAAAGCGUACGGGGACUUCCAGCCAUCCCGACACAGAAACAGUUGGAAGCAAAGGAUCGCCUCAUUGACUUCUGGAUACCCCAGGUUACCCAGGAGGGACAGAUAUAUUACGCAAAUACUCUCACAGGACAGUAUUCGCGCGAUCUCCCCAAGGAACCCGAUGAAGACGUCGAGGAUUCUGCUGUCGUAGGCUUAACUACCUCUCAAUCCACUACGCGCUCUGGCACUGGCGCUGAGCUCGGUUUUGUUCCAAAAUCCUCGACUACAGUUGCUCCCAGCAUGAUUACCUCCCGCGGUCCCUCUCCAGAAGUGGUGCACAUCAAGGGUCAAGUGUCAUCGUCAACCCCCUCCUUUCCUGGUCCUCAAGACACGACUAUUGCGGUCACAGCAGCUCUUCCGAUGGCAGAUUCGAUCACCCCUCCAGUACGCACCAGUACAACCGAAACUACCACGUUUCAUAAUGGUCUUUCCAAUCGUGUGCCUGGAGUCCUCUUUAACACUUGGACUGCACAAUUAAGACAGCGGAGCUAUAGUAGCUCUCAUUUACUCGCCCAGCCUGAGCGCUCACGGAAUGAGGAUAGGGUUUCUCCACCGUCGUUUUCAGGCCGAGAUAUCUCACACAUGUUUACUCCACCUCGUAAUGGCUUGCGACUAAAAGAGUCCACCAUUGGAGAUGAGUCGGAAUGUCCGCCCCUACCUCCACUGCAAACCGUGUCUCCAGACUCCGUUGCGCAACAUCCUGCAUCUCCCGACUCUCCGGAGUUAGUGCCCGAACUACUCCAAUGUGCAUGUCGUCGCAUCAACACCAUCAUAGCGCAUCUACAACAAUUUGGAAUCCCUCAACUACAUGAUGACCAAGAGAUCGUCGACAACCUCAUAGAGGCGGCCGUCACGUCAAUACGAGAGCUUCUUUAUGUAGCUGGCCCACCACUUCGUCGUCUCGGCGUUCGAAAGGGUAUCCAAGGUGAUGCUAGCCACGCCGCGCAAACGCACUUGGUCUCUGCACAGCGACGGACCAUCGCUACUCUCUCCAAGUUCACAUUAUCGGCCAGAGCAGCUUUGAACGUUGAACCCCAGAACGGAGGGGACUUCAUUUCAAACCUUGGUUUGGACGCUAGAGAACUGGAGCGAUCUAUGGUCGAUUUCGUAUCUACGGCGCAGAGCGUUUUCCAUCAAUUUCACGGUGACAGGGGCCAAAAGCGCUUGCACGGGUAUUUGGACCUGCUUCGUACAAGCUUGGGAAAGGAGGGAGCUGGGGCUGCAGGCUCAUGGAAAGGUUUUGGAUGGGUUAGCAUCGACGAUAAUGAAGAAGCGCCCACGCGAAGUUUGGAUAGGGUGACCUUCAACGAAUUUGGGGCUCACGCGUCACGCGUCCACGAGAAAUUGAAGAGCUUUUCAGAAACCUUACAGGCGAAUUGUCGAGCAGAGAUGGUUGCCGAGGCCGGAAAAGCCGCCGUUUACGAACUAUCGUCUCUGUUGAUCUUCUUGGGUGAUAUCCAUAUUGCUCGCCAUGUCGACAUUGAGCUCGUUGGUCAAGGCAAUAGAGCACGUACUCUCGUUCGUGCUUUCGAAGCUUCUUGCCAGGCGCUGUAUGAUGAUUCUGCCGCUCUCCUUAUAACGACACAAUGUGUCCGGCAAGUGGAGUUAUGCGAGUCAUGGCGUGGUCGCGACGAAUCCCAUGACGCGCUUGAAGCCCUGAGCGCCUCCGUGGGCCUCAUCCUUCAACUAAUGCGGCAGCAUCUGGAGAGUCUUCUUCUUGUUGGAGAGGAGCAAGCAAGCAUUCUUGAGCGCUGUCACAGGAGUCCUAUGGAGUGGCGGAUGUCCCAAAGAAGUCUUGUUGCUGCAAUUUUCGCGGAUCAGGCACUGAACAGAGUGCCGGAUGAUCAACGCCAGCUUCCGUAUCAGAUGACACUCGCCUCUGGAAACAUCCUGGGUGCUGAUGCGGAUCUGUUAGAACGGGGAGAGCGGUCGCCUACGCCGCCCCCCGUGCCCAGUGGGAAGCCUAUCCUUACAUUGCAUGAGCGCAUAAAUGCCCCCAUAGAUGACAAAGAUAUAGGAUUAGUACGCACUCCUCCAAGACUGGAUAAGAUCAAGGCGUUCUUUGGCGACGAGGCACCUCCACACCGUGGUACCUACGGCCUACUCAUGACCCUGCAGGAAGUCCUCAUUGACCCCGACGGGACUGUGCGCGGUGGUACUGUUCCCGCCCUUGUUGAAAGGCUUACUGCACACGAGUACGCAGACCCGAAGUUCAACAGAGCUUUCUUGAUGACGUUCAGGUCAUUUACGACCUUGGAUGACCUCCUCAAGCUAUUGAUCGACAGGUUCUGGAUUCAACCGCCAGCCAACUUGGACACAGAAGAUUUGGCUGAUUGGAGGAAGUUUAAACAAUGCGUUGUUCGCAUGCGGGUCAUUAAUACAUUAAAGUCCAUGAUCCAAGACGGCGAUGUGCUAGAGAAAGAAGAACUAGGUAUUCUCGACUAUAUGGAAGAGUUUGCUUCUCAAGCACAUGUUUUUGACAUUCCGGCCGCGAAGCAGCUUUUGAACUCCAUAAAGCGCGCUAGACGCGGAAUGGACCAUAGGAAAAUAACUGUGAAUACGUCAAUGGACCCACCGCCCCCACCCAUUGUUCCGAAACGUUUGGAGCUACUGGACAUCGAACCCCUAGAGCUUGCAAGACAAUUAACUAUCACUGAGAGUCAACUCUAUCAAAAAAUCCGCCCCUCCGAGUGUAUGCAACGAUCACAGCAGUCCAGGCAAGCGAGAACGGACCCUCGUGACGGCGUUGCCAAUUUCAUACGCAGGAGCAACAAGAUUGCACACUGGGUCGCUUUUUCCAUUCUUUCCAAGGACGAGGCUCGUCGGAGAGCCUUGGUGAUAAAACAGUUCAUUCUUGUUGCAGACCGAUGUCGGGCACUUCAGAACUUUUCGACUAUGGGUGCUAUCGUUUCUGGGUUAAACUCCGCUCCGAUUCAUCGAUUGAAGCGGUCCUGGGAGCAAGUGAAUUCGAAGUAUAUGUCCCAGUUGCAGACUUGUGAAGCCACCAUCAACUCGUACCGAAAUUACAACAAAGUUCGGACUACGUUGGCUACGGUCUCUCCCCCGUGUGUUCCCUUUGUUGGGGUGUUCCUGACCGCGCUUACACAUAUUCAAGAUGGGAGCAAAGACCAUUUGCCUGGCAACCUCGUCAACUUCCGGAAACGUCAAAAAAUUUCAGAAGUGAUCCAAGACUUACAACGUUGGCAAACCCAGCCACAUAACUUUCACCCUUUACCUUCUGUUCUUGCCCACAUCGAAGAAUCACUCCAACCGUUCGGUGACCAGGAUAUCAGCGACUUGUUUUGGGAGCUAAGUAUGGAACGUGAGCCACGAGAGAAAGAGGAAGAAAAGCUUGUGAGAAUAUUGCAUGAGAGCGGAUUCUUUUAGUUUUGCGGUUGUGACGUUCGCCCUGGAUAGGUGACGCCUGGGAUCAUCUAUCUGUGACCACCUUCCCUGCGGAUAUGGAUAUUUUUUCGAGGAUUAUAGCAAGUAAUUUAUACCAUAAACUUGUCAUGCACGGGCAUUACUUGCUGCACGUUCUUCGAUGAAGGACGCAAACCUGGGAGGAAACCCCCUCUUUAGAACAAGUUGGACUAAAUGUCCGAUAAUUGUUAGACCCAAAGCUAUACUUGUUCUCUGUUAAGUGUUGCAUAUAGAGCUGCAUAUCAUGUAGGGA